UCAGUCCUCUGUGUGUGAAGACGGAAGUGCUGCUGUGAGCUGCAGGCUGUGUGUGCACUGUACAUUGGUGGGUGCAGUUCAUGUGCAUAAAGUGAUGCAGCCUGUCUCCCCAGGAGCUACAGCAGACAGGUCUGUGCUGCUGCCGGGAAAUAAUGUGGUUUCCAGUCCUGUGCUAGGUGAUGUUCUGAAUCCUGUGCAGUAGGUUGCUGGAGUGAGCACAGGUUUGGAUGUUGGAUUUUCUCUACCAUAGAAAAUGAGGUGUCCGAAUUGCAGUCACCAGUCUUCAGAAGAACAUCCCAACUUCUGCAGUAGCUGCGGGAGUCGCCUAAAUACUCUAAUACCCAGCACAGUAACGCAAGGAGAUGGAGGCCAAAACCCAACUUCUCUAAUUGAGACUGUAUUGGAUCCUGGAAAAGAGCUGAUUUCAGAUGAAGCCAAAACAACUGUCAGCAGCGAGGAAUCAAAGAUAACGGAUGAGCCGCAGUCACUGAAGGUUGCCAGCCCACCAACUAAGAAACGAAGGAAAAGAAACCGAAAGAAAAACAAAACGGGCACUAGUGCUGACCCUGACACAGCGACGUCUUUGAUAUCUCUUUUCUCGUCUUUGGAAGGCAACAGUGUUGAAAAUCUUGGAAAUGAUGAUGAGCGUACUGGGGAGUCCAUUAAUAGUGACAAUGCACCAUCUUCAUUACCAAAAGAUAUUCCAGUUGGCAGUACGCCAGCUGAAUUUGGCAAUGGUGACUUGGUAGCACAAGAUUUUAAUCAACCAACAAAAGAAUUACAAGACCUUAAAGGAACAAGAAAACAUGAAGGUGCUUCAAUUACCAAGAAAGAGUAUGCAGAAGAGAAAGAUGUAACUGAAGAACAAGAGCCCAUAGACAAGGAACGUGUGGGUAACUUGAUUCAAAGUGAUACACAUGAGACUACUAGUACAGUUACUUCAGGAACCACUAUUAUCUUCAGCGACACAAAACAAGGGGAAUGUGAGGAUAGGCAAAACCAGAAUGAGAGGUCUAUAAAAGAAAAUCCUGAAAGGGAGACGUCUAGCACUAUUAAUGUAAAAGAUGACACAACAACAAAGAAACAAGCCCCCGGAAAUUUGGCCAAGAACGUUGGUGAACAAAAAGCUGUUUUAUCCAGUGAAUCCAAAGCCAAACUGCCAAAUAAGAGUGGCAUUUCCAAUGACGAUGUAAAAGAUGAAAGCGGAAGCAGGCAGAAUAAAAAUGACCAGGAGACCGGACCAAAAACUUCUAACAAAGGGACUAUUGAUGGAAAUGUAACUGAAACAAAAUCACAAAAGGAAUUAAAAAAUGGAAAUAACAUAGAGGCACCUGGCAUCAGUGCUAAUAACAACAGUAAAGAGGACAGUAAAGUAAACACUUCUAGUCUUGCUUCAAGAAGCCAGAAUAAAAAUAAACUGAAUAAUAAUAAAAUAACUGUAGAUGAGUCUAAAACUGAGCCACAGAAUAAGGAAGACCAGGAUAAGAAAACUGAUAAAAGUGGUAAGAACAUUCCCUCAACUUCCUCUGAUAACUUGACCCAGGAAAACAGCAACAAAAAGGAAAAUGAUGAAAACCACAACAAAGAAAAUAAAACACAAGAAAAUGAAAAGUUCUCAAACAAAAUUUCUGAGAAGGAAAAAGUGACUAAAAGUGAGAAUGAAGACGCAAAAAUGCAGCAAGAAAAUAAACAAGAUGAAGAUGGAAAAACAACUUCCAAUAAAACCAUUUCAGACAAUAAAGCAAAUAAGCCCCAAAAUGUCAGGAAACUGGAUCCAGCAAAUCGUAUCACCGUAUAUUUCCAUGUGAUUGUGUCAAAAGAGUUUGGUGUGAAAAAAAAAGAUAAAGUGGUGGUGAAAGCUGGAAAUCUGUAUGGGUAUAAGGAUUGGGACGAUGUUGUUUGUUACAUGCAAUAUAAAGAAGAGGUGAAAGACCUUGGAUUCCUCUAUGAAGGACAAACUCACAUUUCUUCUAAGGACAACUUGGGCAGACACAUCCCAUACAAAUAUGUUAUUUUGGGGAAAAAUGGAAAGGAAGAAUAUGAGUACAUUUAUCAUGUUGUGGAAACCAGAUCACCCAUCAACCGUUGCCUGCAUAUUCCUUUGAAUCUCUACGGAAGAGAGUGGCAUCAGUAUGAUGAUGUGUGUUUGAAGGAGGGGAGUGGAUUUUUUAAAAGAGUGGUGAGGCUUUGGAACGAUCACUUCUCACCUUUCUCUGAUGCAAAAAAGAAGGCGGCUGAGGUCAUGCUGAACGGCAUUUUCAGUAUUCUUGAGAUCUGCAAUGACAGCAAUUUGACAAGUUUUUUUAGUCAACUAUACCAAUUUUAUAUGGUGUCUAAGGAGCCGCUUUUGUUUGGAAAUCCUGUAAUACACAGGUUUACUCCUGGUUUUGGUGUACCUGAGGUACACGCACUGAUUUUGAAAAUUCUCAAUAACCUCUGUGAACCAUUCCAUAAUAAAAAGCAACUGGAUAAAAAGAUUAUACAAAGCAAAUUAAUAGUUGGGCUGAUUUGCAUCUAUGUAGUGAAUAAUUAUCCCAUUAUCACUGAUAAAGAACAUUUUACAAAAAUUUGCUGUGUCCUGUGCCUGGAUGACAUGCCCAGAGAGGAGAUGAAGGAGGAACUUCAGAACGCAAAGAUCAUGUUUUCAAAAGUUCCACAGAUGCAUACAUAUUUAACACAGCUAUGCAGAAUUUGCAUUGACAACAAUGUUGGUCACUGGGUGUGGGUCCUCCCAGUCCUACACGCAUUUGCUACUGUAUCUGACCCUGAGAAAUCUCUUGUGACCUCAAACAUUAAACAAGAAGAUAUCUGGGCUGGUCUUGAAGGUCUUCAGUAUCAUAACCUGAAUAGUUCUGACAGUGAUCUUCUUGGAAAGAUGAGAAGUAAGAAGUACUUGUUGCAGGCAGACCCAAUACUCAUCCAGUCAUGGCUGUGCUUGAUAGCAAUUGACCACAUGGAAAAGUUUUUGGAUGAAUUUCCAGUGAAAAUUGAGGGCGCUCUCAAAGCCUGUUAUUUCAAAUUUCAGGGAGUAAAAAGUUACCAGACACAGACCGUUGAAGACAUUUUAAAGAAAUUGUUACAGAUAAUGGAAAAUCACGGCAAAACUCCUAGACCAGAGUCACUGCAGAAAUGCCUUAAUGCCAGCCUUACCCUGCACAAUAGUAUCUGCUGUAACCAAUUAUUGAAGAGCCAUUCUGAAAUCCUGGCUUGGUCUGCAGCCAUCAUCUUAACUCUAAUAAGCCUUCCAGGUCUCUCGCAUGGGAGCUCAGUUGAUGUGCCAGAAGCUGAAGCUGAAUCACAAACACAUGUGAGAGACAAUGCUUUGGCUGAUGCAUUGAAGAUCACAACAAAAUGGCUUGAAGAUGUCUACGGGCACAAACUUAAUAUUGGUUACUAUGGUGGAAAUCUAUUUCGUUAUGAACUCAUGGCAUGGAAUCAGCUGCUUAAUGUUGGUGAAAAUGUGACUCCGAAGUGGAGGGACGCUCUUCUCCAAAUAUUACUCAGAAAGAUUAAACAGGAAGAACCAAUUGAACAGAUCACCAUUUAUUGUAAAGAACAAUACCAAUUUCGGGAACUACACUCGUCUAUAAAUAAAUGCUUUGAGGACUGUGCUAUUGAAGCAGUGCAUUUGGCUUGCCAGUCAAACAGCGAUAUUCUCAGCAAAUUAAGUAACUACAAUUUAGAACAAUUUGGCCGAUUGGUAUCAAGUGUUAUAGAGAGUUCUUGGCCAAAGGAUGAGCAAGGCAAUCGGGCAAUGGACAGCUCUGACAUUUUACAGCAUUUGUUACAGUGGAAAGAUGCCACAUAUAUAUUCAAACUCUAUGGGACAAACUCUCGGAUCAUAAGCGGGUUUGGUGAGGACAUUCAAGAGCUGGUGCUUCUCUCAGAUUCAGUGUUUCUAGAUGCCAGAAGAAAUGUCAUUGAUGGCAAUGUGCUGUUUGAACAUAUGGAAUGUGUUCUAAAGAACAAGAUACAAUUCUUAGAGAUCUGUAAACUGAAAAAUGAAAAAGGAGAGAACGUCUCAUUGGCUGAGAUAAAUAAAGUGCUCGUAUGGAGGCAAAAUGAGUUGUACACUUUAAAGAACGAGCGCGAGUGGGUGGACAGUCUUCUUAAAAUGAUCCAAAAAAUCGAUGUAAAAGUUAGUGUUUAUGACAUCCAAAUGAAGCAUUCUGAAAAAUUGGGACCACAGAAGCUGAAUGACAUUAUGUGGGUAAAGACACCAAAUACACCUCAAGAAUUACCGAAAAGUGAGGUGUCCUAUUAUAACCUUAACCCUGAAUUGAUGAAAAUGGCUGAGGAGCUACACACAUUAGGGAAUAGUCAUGUCUUCAAUACCUGCUGGGAACAGCAAGCCAAUGCUGUAGCAGAAAAUGCCAGGGACCAACCAGAUGAGGAAGAUGAAGAUUUUGAAUUCACAAUCGAAGGAAUAAGAGAUGAACUGUUUAUUCCUUGCCGUGAAAAGUGUGAAGCCAUUUACAAUGACCUAAAGACAGAAAAAGUUACCUUUGAAGUGGUGGACCGCUUUUUCAGAGAUUUUAAAGACAAAUAUGAAAAACUUCACAAUGAGUUUGAAACUUUGUGCCGCGUUUGGAGCAAAGAUGAUGAGAAAUGGAUCCCUGUACGUGUGAAGCAAAUUGAGCAGUACCACCAGCUUAAUGUCGCCUUUCGUUCUGCAAAGUCCAUAUCUGAAGUGAGGAGUUUUUUAAAGCUUAAAGGAAACUUUCAAACAUUGGAAGUACUGCUACAAUUUGCUGAUAACUUUGAGAACUGUAAGCAAAAACCUCUAUCUUGUAUUAGUAGCGAAGUAAUGAAAACAAGAAAGCUUCUCUCAGAAAUAAAGGAAGAACAUAUUGAAUGUCUUAAGGAAAUUGUUUUAAGAAAGGACUUUAUCAUCUGGGUUCAAGAAGCACUGACAGAUGUCAAUGAACUGAAAGUCUUUGUAGACCUGGCCUCGAUAUCUGCUGGUGAGAACGAUAUGGAUGUAGAUCGUGUUGCCUGCUUCCAUGAUGCAGUUCUAGGUUAUUCCCCAUUGUUGUAUGAAUUGAAACCAGAAUCUGGAUUUGACAACUUGAUGCAAUGUUUGGAAAAAUUAUGGAAAGCUUUAAAAAAUGACCGAAACCUCCCAAAGAAGCUGAGAGACUGUGCUCGCCAUAUAGAAUGGCUGAAAACUGUGAAGGAAAGCCACGGUUCUGUGGAAUUAUCAUCGUUGUCCUUGGCGACUACAAUAAAUAAAAAAGGGAUUUACAUCAUCCAAGCACCUAAAGACAACAAUAAGGUUACCCCAGACAGUGUCAUGCAGCUGAAUCUCCCGGAGGAUGGAGAAGGGAGUAUGAACGUGCGCUGUUACACAUUAGAAGAGCUAAAGGAAUUGCUGAAUAAACUUAUGCUUAUGUCAGGCAAAGGAGAACAAGGCAACGUGGAGGUUGACAAGUUUUCAGAGAUAUUCUCCAAUGUGGAGAGACUGGCCAGAUCAUUUAUAGAUCUCUAUCUAGCUGGAAAUAUGUUAUUCAGGAACUGGAAGGCCGUGAUCUAUUGCUCGGACAAUUCCAAGGCUUGCAUUCAGAUGAACUUCAACGUUGAUGGGAUCGGUGAAUUUGAAGGACAUGGGUCUAUUACUACUUUGCUCCCAAGUAUGUGCAGAACACUGGAGAAGUCCUUAGAACAGUGGCUGGCCUUCAUGAGCAGGAAGAGGUCCGAGCUGUACUACUUAAACUAUUACACGGCAGAGCAGUUAGUGUACCUGUGCCAACAGUUUGAGGGAAGAGAUAUGAGCGAGGAGGCCCUUCUAAUGUUAUCUUUUAUUAAACCUGAAUGUGCAAAAAUUGAUACAAUCAGCUCCUAUUUCCCAAACAUUGGUUCCUCAAAAGUUCUCACCAAAAAACGUCCAGACAAAAUGGAGUUGGCACUCAAAUUUCAUAGCUGUUCAAAUGUAUUAGAGAAAUUGGAGAUGAUUUGGGAUUUCUCUAUGAUUUAUAUGAGUUCGUUGUUCCCGGGUUGUUUAGAUAUUGAUGCUCUUGGUACCCGCUUAAGGACUUUGGCAAAACUAAAUAAGAAACAGAUCAAGCGUGACCUUCAUCCCAGUUUUCAGCCGGGGCGGCCCAAUUUGGUACUAUGUCCUUCAUCAGAGAUCUUAUCUUGCACUUUAGCAGUUUACAUGCACAGCUUUAACCAGCCACUGCCAACCUACGAUGAAGUGCUGCUGUGCUCUCCUCAGACUACGUUUGAAGAGGUGGCUUUGUUUUUCAGAAGGUGUCUUACACCAGGUUACAAUGGGAAGAAGAUUUAUAGCUUAAUUUAUGCAGACAAACUAAGCUAUGAUACAGGAUACAAAUCAGAGCAGCUGUUCCAGCAGUUACAGACCUUGUGUCCAGAAGAGUACUAUCUUGUGAUCAUAUGCAACUCCGACCGAGAGCAUUGCUACAUCCCCUCUGUCUUUAGCCAAUACAGAGUCCACUUGGUUCCUCAGAAACCUAUGGAGGACAUUCAGCGUUAUUUGCAAACACAUUUUGCUGUCAGAUCUGCAGUGGUUUCGGCAGCCCAUGUAUUUAAAAAUGGAAUGAGUGCUGGAAUUGUGUCAUCCAAACGAGCGGGAGUUGGAAAAUCUCUGUACGUGAAAAGGCUUUAUCAAAAGCUUGUAUCAAAAUUCCCAAGAAACGAGCCUGUUCUUAAAAUAAUCCGGCUUAUUAAACCUGAAGUGGAUGAAAAUAAAGUGCUGGACACACUACUUCCUUUUCUGGAUGGCAAUCUAAAGAGUUGUCCUGUAAUAUUCCACAUUGACAUCACAUCGUCCGUGAACAGCGGGAUAUCAGAAUUCCUGUUUAAGCUUUUGGUUUUGCAGUACCUGAUGAAUUCUGAGGGAAGAAUAUGGAAGCGCCUUCCCAGUCACCUGUACAUCAUUGAGAUCUUGGAGUCCUCCAAUACGAUGUUUAGGAAACAAUUCAACACUGCUCCUCAAGUGGUUCAAAACCACUUGAUCGACUUCUUUCCUAAAAUAUUCUGUUGUUCACCAAAAGAGACACUGACAAAAAACACAGAAUACGACAUAAAAGGAGGUUGUGGGGAUCCAGGAAUGGAUGAUGAGGAAUUCCGCAGUGAAUGUUUCCAGAGGCCUUACCAAUAUCUUCUUCGUUUUGACCAGAGACAAAAUCUUGAUACAUUUGUUUACGUAGAAAAUUAUGUAGAAGGAGAUCCCAUGAGUUGUCUGCAAAUAUUCCUUAUAUACUGUGGAGUAGUCGAUCCAUCAUGGUCUGAGAUCAGAAAUUUUGCAUGGUUUUUAAAUCUCCAGCUAAAAGAUUGUGAAACUUCAGCCUUCUGCAAUUUUGAGUUUGUUGGAGACACGCUGCAAGGAUUUAAACAAUUUGUGGUCAACUUUAUGAUAUUGAUGGCCAAAGACUUUGCUACCCCUUCUUUGCAUAUUGCAGAUCAGAGUCCAGGAAGGCAAAUCAUUAACCUUGAUGGGAUUCAGGAACAAGACCUGGCUCCUUUCUUAAUGCGGAAAAAGUGGGAAUCUGAACCACAUCCCUACAUCUUCUUUAAUGAUGACCACAUUUCAAUGACAUUCAUUGGAUUCCACCUACAGCCAAAUAAUGUUGGAGGUGUGGAUGCCAUUAAUCCUAGAGAUAACAGAAUAAUUCGGGAAAAUAUCAUGUCCAUGCAACUUUAUGAAGGUUUAAAGCAGCAACGAGUGCCAUUCAAUAUUGACUUUAACAGUUUGCCUAGAGAUGAGAAAAUAAACAGAUUAUGUCUGGUGCUUGGAAUUGAGUGGCCAUUUGAUCCUGAUGAAACAUAUGAGCUUACUAUGGACAACAUUCUUAAAAUUCUGGCCAUUAAGAUGAGAUUCAGAUGUGGAAUCCCUGUUGUCAUUAUGGGAGAAACUGGCUGUGGAAAAACCAGACUCAUUAAGUUCCUAUGCCUUUUGCUUAAGGGAUUUGAUGUUGAAACUGAAAAUAUGAAGCUUGUAAAAGUUCACGGUGGAACCACUGCUGAGAUGAUUUACCAAAAAAUUUUAGAAGCACAAGACAGUGCUUGCUUGAACAAAGCCAAUGGAGUUGAUACCGUACUGUUUUUUGAUGAGGCAAACACAACUGAUGCUAUUAGCAGCAUCAAAGAGGCUUUGUGUGAUCACACAGUAGAAGGAGUGCCUUUGAUAGAGAAUUCUGGACUAAAGAUCAUUGCAGCUUGCAACCCUUAUCGAAAACACACAGACAAAAUGAUCAAACGCUUAGAAUCUGCUGGCCUAGGUUACAGAGUUAGGGCAGAUGAAACUAAAGAGCGGCUUGGCUCCAUCCCAUUGAGACAGCUUGUUUACCGCGUUCAUGCUUUGCCUCCAAGCAUGAUGCCUCUCGUAUGGGACUUUGGGCAGCUGAAUAAUGAAACCGAAAAGAAAUACAUUCAACAAAUUGUCCUACGCUUAGCAAAACAAAUACAGCUAUCGGACAAUGACAUCCAGUUACUAACUCAUGUUCUCUCUGCUUCCCAGUCUUACAUGAGGAGAAAAAAUGAUGAAUGCAGUUUUGUGAGCUUGAGGGAUGUAGAGCGUUGUAUCGAUGUCUUCCAGUGGUUUUAUAAGCAUCAUCUGAAGCUUUUGCAACAUCAGGGACGAGGAAAUCCUUGUGCAAAUGAUAAAGUGGCCUGGUCUCUGGUGCUAGCUGUCGGUGUAUGUUACCACGCGUCUUUAGAAAACAAAGAACACUACAGAAAGGCUAUAUGUAAACUUUUUCCUAACCCAUACAAAGACCAAAAGUUUAUUUCAAAUGAAAUCAAUAACAUUCAGGAUCUAUUCUUAAAAGGUGUAAACUUAAGAGAUACCAUUGCAAAAAAUUUGGCUUUGAAGGAAAAUCUUUUUAUGAUGGUUAUCUGUGCUGAGCUUAAAAUUCCAUUAUUUCUUGUUGGGAAACCUGGAAGCUCAAAAUCCCUUGCAAAGACUAUUGUCGCUGAUGCCAUGCAAGGGCAAGCCGCGCAUACACAACUGUACAAAGACCUUAAACAGAUACAUCUGGUAUCUUUUCAGUGUAGUCCUCAUUCAACUCCAGAAGGUAUUAUAGGUACAUUUAAGCACUGUGCCCGCUUUCAAGAAGGGAAGAAUUUAAAUGAAUAUGUGUCUGUGGUUGUACUUGAUGAAAUAGGCCUCGCAGAAGACUCUCCUAAAAUGCCUUUAAAGGCUCUUCAUCCUUUGCUGGAGGAUGGUUGCAUUGAAGAUGAUGUUUCGCCACAUAAAAAGGUUGGAUUCAUCGGCAUCUCUAACUGGGCUCUGGAUCCUGCCAAAAUGAACAGAGGUAUUUUUGUAUCUCGAGGAGAUCCCAGUAGAUCUGAACUUAUUGAAAGUGCAAAGGGCAUCUGCUCAUCUGAUAAACUGGUCCUUAGUAAAAUCUCUGACAUCUUCUUUAGCUUUGCAAAUUCCUAUCACCAGGUUUGUGUGUCUCAAAGGAGACAGAAAAAGGAAUUCUUUGGUCUACGUGACUUCUACAGUCUGAUAAAGAUGGUAUUUGCUUUCACCAAGCAGUCUCAGGAGAAGUUGGCGGCACGUGAAAUAGCUUGGUCUGUCCUCCGGAAUUUCAGUGGGAAAGAUGAAAUUAAAGCCUUGGAAAUUUUUAUGGGAGAAGAAAAGAAAUAUAUCUCUGAGAUUAAUACAAUAGAUUUGGUGAUGGAGAAUAUUAAAAGUGACAGUGAAGACUGCGAAUGUCGUUACCUGCUAAUACUGACCAAAAACUAUGCUGCUUUACAGAUACUCCAGCAAGCCUUCAUUAAGGAGAACCAGCAACCUGAAAUCAUCUUUGGGUCAAGCUUCCCGAAGGAUCAAGAAUAUACACAGAUUUGUCGAAAUAUCAACCGCAUUAAGAACUGCAUGGAAACCGGACAGAUGAUCAUCCUCUUAAAUCUCCAGAACCUGUAUGAAAGCCUUUAUGAUGCACUAAACCAAUACUAUGUGUAUCUAGCUGGUCAAAAAUAUGUUGAUUUGGGUCUCGGCACACAUCGUGUGAAGUGUAGAGUCCAUCCAAAGUUCAGAUUGAUAGUCAUUGAGGAAAAGGAAGUUGUGUACAAAGAUUUUCCAAUUCCACUGAUCAACAGGCUAGAGAAACAUUACCUGGAUAUAAACACAUUCCUGAAGAAAGAACACAAAGUUAUUGUUCAAGAACUGGAGACUUGGAUAGAAGAUUUUACCCAGACUAACAUCAGCAAAUUCACUGGUGAAAAUAUACAGAAAUACAGCCCUUCAGAUGUUUUCAUUGGCUACCACUCAGACACCUGUGCCUCGAUUGUUCUUCAAGUAACUGACAACAUGAAGCAAACACAACUUGAUGCUGAAAAUAUAACACUGCUGAAGAAUAAAGCAAAAUAUGUUUUGCUUGACUGUGCCACUCCUGAUUCUGUUAUCCGCCUCCGAAGGAAAGAAAUGAUUGAUGAGUACUUCAAGAAACAGAAUCAUGGUUCCUUACUGGAUUUCCUCUGCGGCCAUUUGACAUCUGGAUACGAUAAUCACACUGUUUUCACUGAGAUUACAACAUUUUCUCGCCUUCUCACAUCUGCUGACAAAAAAAUAUUAGAAGCUGAGUUACAGAACCAGGUUAACGGCAUUGAAAUCUUGUCCCUGCAGCAAUUUGACACAGAAUUCUCCUUCUUGAAAAAAAUUCGGAGUUUUCUGGAGUAUUUAUCUGGAAAUCUAAUUCUUAUCAUACAGACGGAUUUUGAAGAGGGUUCUCAAGGAGCAAAUCUUGUUGCAUCAGCAAAGUACUCUGCUGUGAAUGAAAUCAACAAAGUGGACCUGAAGAAAGUGUCUGUAUUUGUCUACUUUAUAACCAAACUGCCCAGAGUGCAAGGAGGGACAUCAUACGUGGGCUUCCGUGGAGGGUUGUGGAAGUCUGUACACAUUGAUGAUUUGAGGAAGUCCAAGGAUAUGGUGACAGAUGUAACGGGAUUUCAGAAUCUCACCAUAAGCCAACUGUUCCACAGUGAAGAAUCUACAGUAAAAGAACCUGAAAAGGAAAGUGAAAACAAAAUAGCAGACUCAGAAAUGGAAGUGGAGAUGGGCAUUGUCAAUGAGGACAGCGCAACAGAUGCUAGCAUCAACCUAGAGAAAUCCAAACCGGUGGAAAUGGAGAUAGAUACUGAAGUGACUGACAGAAUGGAGACUGGAGAGGAAAUAAAUGAAGACCAUGAGAUGGAAACAGAUGUGGCAUCACCCAAAUCUGAGGAUAUGCUGGACACCACCACUCUUAUCCGGAGCUGUGUGCAGUGCGCUAUAGGGCUGCUGAGAGAUGAUGGGAAUGUAAGCAGUCGCAGCACCCGGAGGAUUGAGAUCCUGAUAACUCUACUGAGCACACAGGAUGAGAUAACAGCCGCCUUCCUAAAGAUGCUAAAGCUCCGUCUACAUGGCAUGCUAAAGGCACAGGAAGCGGGCUCUUUUCAUGCACAAGAUUGGGUUUUACGAGAGGCCGCCAAUCAGGAUGCUCUACAGGAAGCAGGAACCUUCAGGCAAACCCUUUGGAAACGUAUUCAAACAGCUGUUACCCCAUUUUUAUCCCAAAUUUUGUCAAUUAUUGAUCGUAACACCAACUUGGAACUUCUUGUGAACCCCGACGUGGAGAACUGUAUUAAAUCUCUAUGGAUGUUCAUUUUUUGUGAUGAGAAACUUCUCCCGAUUUGCUACAACCCCAGUUCACAGACUCAAACAAUCAUGGUAAAAAACUACAUGAACAUCUAUGCUUUUCGGCAACCUCGUUUACCUUUCAGUUGGAGGAUUAAAGAAUAUUUGGAAGAAAUUUGGACUCAAGCUUGUUACAUUGCCUCUGCAGAAGAUACGGAGAUGAAGUUUGUAAGCAUAUUCUCUCAGACACCAUUGGGACAAUAUAUUUCCUCUCAAGAAGACGAUGAUCAGCACAUACUGUUCUUGAAUUACAAGACCGACUUUCUCCUUAUGACUAUGAGUAUAGCAUCUCCUGAAGAGUUACGGGUGAUGGAGUUUGCUCUCUCUACAUGUAUUGAGGAAUUAAGAACUUCUAAAGGAGCCAGUGAUCUGCUGCUGUCUCUCCCAUGGGUGCAUAUUGGGUACCAUAAAUUUCAGCACAGACUGCAAACUUUAAGUAGGAUUUUGGUCAUCAGCCCAUCUGUGGUGGAUUCCCUCAUCCCAAAAACCGAGUCACAAAUUGGGAAUCAAAUGGCUCUUGAUGUCUUUGCUGCCAUCGCUUGUCUAGAAACAUUGAAAGAAACUGUGCAGGAUCUUAACCCACAGACCUGGAUGCGCCAAGUUAAAAACAUACAGACGCCAAUUGAGCUGAUAUGUUCAGAAGAAUACUUGCAGGGCUACAGUUCUUGGUGCAAACCCGGCAUUAGCCAAAUCAGAUCACACUGGAAUUGUGUGUUUUCUAUGACCCUGUUUACGGAACAUCUGCUUGUGGACGAGUACAUUCAGGAUUUACAGAUGCAGAAACUGAUAAGGGACCACACAUUCUUCCUUGGACGGUGCCUGGAGGACUUCCCUGAUGUUAAGUCUCACAGACCUUUUAUGGCCGUUGUUGAUGUUCUUCAUAGAUGCAGAGAUGAAGUUGCCAAAUCUGUUUCCAGGUUUGGAAUGCAAGUAUGCGCAAUCUGCCGAGGGGAGCCACAUGAGCCAGUGUGCCUUGCCUGCGACCAUGUUUACUGCCAGUCAUGUCUAAAGCAAUGGCUAGAUACUGGUAAAAAGAUUUGUCCAUUGUGCAAUGCCCAGCUGCCAGACGCAUUCACUAUUGCUGUGUCCAAGGAAAUGCGGGAUUCCAUAGAGAAAAAUGCUCAGUUUCGAAAACUGUGCAAUGGGUUUUUUGUCGAUAUUAUUUGCACAAUGUGCUUCAAAGACGGCAGCCCGCCUGCCGAGGAGGUCAUUCGUCAUCUGCUGUCUCUUCUUUUUGGCAAUAUUGGGUCUAAGCAUUUUACCCGGUCUCUGUCACCAUUUGAGGAUGCUGUGGACAAAACCCCAGUGAUACGUUCCGUAAUUCUGAAGCUGCUUUUAAAGUAUAGCUUUGAAUAUAUAAAGCAAUAUGCACAAGACUAUUUAAAUAAAGUGGAGGAAAGCAAUCUUUUGACUUUGGAGGACAACAUAGAAGUCUACUUGCUAUUUGUAAACUGUUUGGAGGACUCACUGUUCGAAAAGGCACAAAAAGUCUCCAGUGUUUCUUCUAGUAAAGAACAAUACCUUGAAUGUGAAGGAUCCUUCCUGCACAAAUAUUUAAAGGACAAAAAACAGAAUGAAAAUUCUGUCCAGUUUCUCCAAAAAGUGGCCAGAGUUAGGAUAGCUCUGGACACCGCAGCACAAAUACUCUCUGUGAAAUCAGGACCCAUCAAUGAAAAAUACUUGCAGUACGUGAAGGAUUUAUGCUCCCAGUCUGGCAAUGACUGGUACAGAGUUUAUUUAAUUCGCAAACUGGCAAAUCUGGAUGGCAUUGACACUGUUCAAAGGCAUUUUAAAGAUCCUCAGUUAGGAUGGAUGUUUCCUAAAAACAUGUUACAAAAGAAGAACAAUCAGACAAGUCAAAUUGACCAGUUUUUGGUGUGCGACAACAGCUACAAAGCUCUGAGAGAUGCUCUUGGUAGAGCACUGAUUGAAUGUAAAGAAGAACGGAUUGCAACAGCCAUAGAGGAAUGUAAAAGUCCUGACCCUCAACUGGCAGCCUAUAUGCUCCUCGCUGUAUUCCGGGAAAUUACAAUGUGCUAUACAAAUCAAAGAGCAGUGCCGGAGCAGGAGUCUGUGAAGACUUAUGUUAAAAGAGCUGAAGUUCUUCAAGAAAAAUCCACUAAUGAGUUUUUGGAGUCAUUGCUUAACAACAGCCGACCAUUCCUCCGCUGUUACCCGGGCAUGACAAGUUCUCAUGCCUCUGUUUUCGGACUGGCCACACACAUGGCUGCUGUGCUUCUUACAGGGAAUAGUCACCUCCUAGCACCACUGAAAAACCUGUCCUUUUCUGCAGCUAGAAUGCAGAAUUCUUAUUUACCUACCAUGCCUGAGGAUAUGCUCGUCCAAGCUAGGACUUUAGUGGGGCAAGUGCGUUGGUAUCGUUGUCCCAGUGGUCACUAUUGUGCUGUUGGAGAAUGCGGUCAGCCAAUGGAAAUGAGUCGCUGCAUAGACUGCGGUGCCGCCAUUGGAGGUCAGAACCAUGCUCCAACAUCAGGAUUUCAGAUGAUGCAAGAGGAAAAUGUUGACAGAACACAGACCGGACAUGUGCUGGGAGACCCACAGCGUCUGGCUUCAACAGUAGCUCCAGACAGAGAGAUACCUGUCCCCAUAUUUAUUUUAUUAAGGAUGGUAACACAUCUGUCAAUGCUUCUGGGAUCAGAAGAGGAUACACAGAACCUGAGCCGCAUUGUGAAGCCGCCAGUGCAAGAUGUUAGACGUUUCCUUUUCCAGCACAUUGAAAGAGAUCUAGAAUAUCUGAAGAACGCUCUUGGAAAAAGUGCUGACGACACCACAACUGUUGUACAUCUUGUAUUUCGUCAAAUGCUGAAUCCACAACAGUCUGGACACUGGCCUGUAAACUUUGAUGAUAUUUGGUCAACAAAACAAAUGAGAAACCAGUGGGAGAAACAUUUUGCAUCAAUUGUCGUUGCCCCGGUGCUGAAGAAUCUAGAUAAGGAUCUUGCUACUGUGAACAAAAACAUCAGCAAAGAUGAGAGGAUAAGCUCCAAUCCAAUAGUUAAGAUUGUGUACGGUGACCCAUUGAUUAGUGGAGAACAAUUGGACUUGCCAAAGGACAGUCAUGUACAUUGUUCCAAAAUAUGGAGCUGCAGAGAACGGAUCUCCAUUGAACAUUUAUUACAUGUUGUCCAGCAGAAUGACGGGAAAGACACAAUGCCGCUAUUAUGGAAGUUCUUGGAGAAAGAAGCUGAACUUCAGAUGGUGAAGUUCUUGCCUGGAAUUCUGAGUCUUCAAAAAGAGCUGGUGAAACGAUUCCAGAACAGCAGUAACAUCAACCAUAAAACCAUAAAUGACUAUAUAGAAAGCAUAAACUCUGGUGGUGCACGACUUACUUUUAAGAAAUGUGUAGAAGAAUUUAUAUUCGCUUGGAAUCACCUGCGCUUCUCCCUUCAAGCUAAUGGGGAGAUAAAGCUACCAGAUGACGUAUGCAAUGAAUUCCUCACCAUGGACAGCGACUUUGCCUAUCUUCUUCCUCGUCGGCAGGGAUUAGGCUUAUGUGCUACUGCCCUUGUCAGCUACCUCAUAGCUCUGCACAAUGACUUUAUAUACGCACUGGAAAAAUACACCAACAAUGAGCAGAAGUACUCCAUUAAAGUUUCAGAAGUAAUGGCUGUGCAUGUGAUCAGCUAUGAGAUGGAAAAGGAUCUGGUGCCUAUCAUCCUAUCCAAUUGCCAGUACAGCCUGGAGAGCGGUAGAGAAACUUUACAGGAAUUUGACCUUCCAAAAAUUCAGCACCAAAUCACCAGCCGCUUUUUCCAAGGGAAACCUCUCAUCACUAUGGCUGGACUGCCAACUCUCACGUUUUCCUAUGACCGAAACUACGAGAACCUAUUUACGGAUGUGAAGAAGAGGCUUAUCCAGGAUUCUCUACCAAACUCUGCAAUAGACUUUAUAAGCAAAGACCUGAAUGCGUUCAGUGAUGUUUGUGAGGCCUUAAACAUUGUUGACAUCUCGCUGGGAUUUCUGGCAACAUCUGGAGCAGAUCCAGAACUUCUCCUAACAAAAUAUGUUGAGGAUGUCCUGCAGAUGGGGGAACAGAGCAGCGCACAUGUCCUAGAGGCGCUGAAACGCUGUCACCUAAAGAAUACAAUUGCUCUUUGGCAGUUACUCACUGCCCUGAAGUCUGCACAUCUUCUACGUCUUAAAAGGGACCCGUUUCCCGAUGUGGACAAAGCUUACAAGGCAGCGCUGGACGAGGAGAGCCAGCACCAACUAAAUCUAUUCCUGGAGCAAUACGGGACCAACCUCUUCCUCCUGGAGCUGCACGAGAUGAUCAUGCUAAAACUGAGAAAUAAACAAAGUGUAGAUGUUUUCAAGCCUUCGUGGAUCCUAAGAGAUGUAUUGGGUCCCCUCCUUGAUGAAAAAGAAGUGUCCUUCCCGGUACUGGAGAGCGACUUCCCUGAGCAGAUUGCGCUCGCCCAUUGCAUUGAGGCAUGGAAGUUUGCUGCCUGCAAGAAAUGGAACAGUCUUUAAAGACAUUGAUUAGUUUCUGCGAAGCCUAUUGGCUUACUGCAUUUAAGGGCUUUACAAACGCUGCUAACUCAGGUUCUGACUAUUCUAGUUCUCCAAAUGAGAUGCAGGAAUGAGUGUUAAAGUGUACUAUAGUCUUUCUUGUCAUAAAUGAGUGUCCACAAGAUAUUGCAAUUAUCAGUAGCGAUUACCAGCACAUAGUUAGAUAUUAUAUUUUUUUUUAUGCAGAAUAUUGUAUCAUGUUUAAAACAAGCCCUAAUAAUACAUCUGUAAUAGAUGUGUUCUGCUGCUAUCAGAUGUAUGUAAGAUCUGCAUUUCCUACAACUAUAGAACUAGUGUGUAUAUACCGUAUACAGUACCGUGAGACACACCAUUUUUCUAGCGACUACACAAAUCUGCUGCAUCUACUGAGAUCACCAUUGUGUAUCUGAGGAUGGAGGCUAAUAGUGCUUUGCACAGAUAUAAUAUACUUUUAUAGUCCGCAGAAGCAGAUUGGAAAUUGUCUUCAUUUAUCAGGUAUUUGUAAGCACAUUUAGAACCCUUUAUACCAUAAAGCAAUUCAAAUCCAACUUGAAUAUACACAGUUGAGACACUCUAUCAUGUAUGCUAUACAACAAUUUGCCAUACAAGGCUAUUUUGAUUGCCAUUAUAACAUAUGAAUCAUAUUGUAUACUAUAUGUUUGUUUUCCAUUCUCCCAUUCCCUGUUUGAUGCUACUAUUCUAGAAACGUAGCUAAGCAAGUAGGACCGGAGAAACCUGCACUGAACAAGGGAUAACAAUAUGCCUUGAAUACCACAAAGAUUUUGUGGCGGCUUCAGGAACAUUCCUUAUAUAUGGAAAAGUACAAUUGUUUGUGAGAUGUAUUAAUACUUUUUUAUGUAGAUUCUUGUAUUGUCGCUAGCAUAAACUUGGGGGCUUUAGGAACCCCUUAUCUAGCAACUUGUAAAGAGCUUCCCACAGUUACUGAAAUUUUCUCUUAUACUGUAAGCACAAUAUACAGUAUUUACUAACUCAGUGUAGAUCGAAAACCAAUAUGUAGGAUUUGUACUUGAAAUAUGUUCUUUGUUUACUUUUACUGCCAAUUCGUUGCUUUAGACCAAUCAAGGCAGUUACCUCAGUUGGGAUCAUGCCAACGGGACCAAACCAUUAAUUUAUCACAUGUGCAGUAAAUAACCAGUUUACUUUUAGGUUAAAAAUGUGAUUUUUGUAUUUGAGUUACAGCCAUUUAUCUCUUUGCUUUCAAUAAACAAAUAUUCUUA